AUGGAUUUGCGAAACAUUCCCUACCGUUCAGACGUGGUUGCAUGGAACCCAGAUGACUUAGCAGAAUAUUUUCGGAUGUUAAAGUAUAAGGACUGUGAGAAAGUCGUGAGAAAGCACAGCAUAAAUGGACAAAGGUUUUUGAACAUGUCUGAAAAUGAUAUUCAGAAAUUUCCCAAACUCAGAGUGCCAAUUGUAAGUAAACUAAGUCAAGAAAUAAACAGAAAUGAAGGGAGGCUAUCUUUCCUUCCAAAAUGGGCACAAACACAAAAAUGUCCUGAAAAUCCAGGAUACAGUCAAGAAGAUGGCGGCUGGUCUUCAUUUGAUGAAGAUGAUGACUAUGAAAGCCCUGAUGAUGACCAGGAAAAGGAAGAUGAGGCUGACUAUGAAUCACCAACAGAAGAACCUGAGGAAGCAGAACAUGACAGUGACGGCUAUGAGCCACCUCCAUCCAAUAAUGAUGAAGCACACCACAAUGUCAUAUUUCCUGCCAAGUCACUUGCAAACAACACAGAUUAUAUAGACAGACCUCCAACAACGAGAUCAUCACAUCAGCCUCCAGUACCACCCCAGCGACCCGUCCCGUCCCCAGUACCAGCCUCAUUUGGGGGAAGAGGUGCUUCUCUGCCAGCUUUUCCUCCUCCACCAAGCAGCAAUGACUUGAGUAGAGACAGAAAUAUCAAGCCUUUGAAACCCCCAGCUCCUUCUAUAGACAGAAGCACAAAACCCCCACUGGAUCGCCUUGCUCCACCAUUUGAAAGAGAAAGCCCUGUACCAGGGAGGAAGCCAGGCUUUCCUGAAAAGCCUCUGACUUCACAGCUAAGAUCCCUGGGGGAACAGCUAGCAAUGAUGCCAAAACCUCCUGUCCCACCAAGUGACAGAUAUGAAAGAGGCAAUCCGUCUCCUCUAAGGAAGCAAACCCCGGCAAAGCAGGGUUGGCCAUCACACAAAAAAAAUGAAGAAGAAGAUGACACCACACCCCAAAGACCAGUGCCACAGCUAUCUUUGCCCCCAUACAGCUCCAAUACAUUCCCAUCCAAAUCUGUCAAGCCUCCACCUAAGCCAGGAUCUAACAGUAUGCCCGGUGCAGAAAGUGCUAGAAACCUGUCUUCGAGUGGCUCACUACCACCACGCUUACAUCUAGGCAACAGCAGAUCUCCUUCAAGAGGAGCUGAUAUAAGACCUCCAUUGCCAAUUCCUAGCAGACAGGUGGUUCACCAAACAAACACAGAGGAAGAUGAGGACUUACUAAAUGAUGAAUGGUAUGUUGCUUAUGUAAGCCGGCCAGAAGCAGAAGCAGCUCUUCGAAAAAUAAACAAGGAUGGAACUUUCUUGGUAAGGGACAGCUCAAGAAAAACUGCUACUCAUCCAUAUGUACUGAUGGUGUUGUACAGAGAUAAAGUAUACAACAUCCAGAUUCGUUACCAGGAGCAAAAUCAUGUAUAUUUGUUAGGAACUGGCUUAAAAGGAAAAGAGGACUUUUCUUCUGUAGCAGACAUCAUUGAUUACUUCCAAAGAACACCUCUUCUUCUGAUUGAUGGGAAAGACAGAGGUUCAAGAAACCAGUGCAUAUUAAAAUACGCUGCAGGACAUAUUUAA